AAUCCAGUCUCAGAUUAGAUGUAGAUUCUUUAGGUGAAAUAUGGGCUUGGCGGAAAACAAUGUCGACAUGGAGGAGGGAACUCUGGAGAUUGCAAUGGAUUACAGAACUGUUUCUGGAGUUGCUGGACCCCUGGUUUUCCUUGAUAAAAUCAAGGGACCCAAGUAUCAAGUAAUUGUAAAUAUCCACUUAGGAGAUGGAACAACUCGACGUGGACAAGUCCUGGAAGUUGAUGGGGAGAAAGCAGCUGUUCAGGUUUUUGAAGGAAUAUCUGGAAUUGAUAACAAGUAUACAACCGUCCAGUUUACUGGGGAGGCACAGUAUUGCUCCUCCCUUUCUUUUUUGUAUAGAAUACUUCUGUUGAUUUCAUAGGUGUAACUUUUUAAUUAAUGUUUCCCCUAAAUACUCCACAUCUCCCUCGAAAAGAUAAAUACAUAAAUAAAUAAAAAAGAAGAAAUAACUCCC